AUGAUGUACCUAACAAAACUUUAUCUUUACAGGUCAAACUGUGGGAGACGGCCAGCAGCUUUGAAUGGAGUUAGGACAAACUGGAAGAAGAGGGCCAACAGCUUUGAGUGGAGUAUUAGGUCAAACUGUGGGAGACGGCCAGCAGCUUUGAAUGGAGUUAGGACAAACUGGAAGAAGAGGGCCAACAGCUUUGAGUGGAGUAUUAGGUCAAACUGUGGGAGACGGCCAGCAGCUUUGAAUGGAGUUAGGACAAACUGGAAGAAGAGGGCCAACAGCUUUGAGUGGAGUAUUAGGUCAAACUGUGGGAGACGGCCAGCAGCUUUGAAUGGAGUUAGGACAAACUGGAAGAAGAGGGCCAACAGCUUUGAGUGGAGUAUUAGGUCAAACUGUGGGAGACGGCCAGCAGCUUUGAAUGGAGUUAGGACAAACUGGAAGAAGAGGGCCAACAGCUUUGAGUGGAGUAUUAGCCAGUCACAACGUGAGGAAGAUAACCAAUCAGAGCGUUCGGUAAAACACAGUCGGAAUGACGGCAGCUCUGCUGGUCACUUUGCUUGACAAGUUACCUGGACCAGGGCUACCGUUUUCAGGAAAUUCGUCUGCUAAUGACGUUCACGGAUUCUGUGACGUCAAUCUUCCGGAGAUACGGAAAUUUUAUAUGUUUGGCUAAUUUCUUGUCAGACAAUGAAUAAAUAUUUGUAUAAAUAUGUUA